AUGCACUUCACCAACAGCAUCCUCGCCGGAGCCUCCAUCCUUGGAUUGGCCGCCGCCAGCCCCAUCGAGCUUGACACUCGUCAGUCAGGUUGCUCCAGCUACACCAUCAUCAACACCAGAGGUACCGGUGAAGCCCAAGGUCCCUCCGCAGGUUUCAGAACCAUGAACAGCAACAUUCUCUCCUCAAAGUCCGGUGGCAAGGUCUACAACACCGUCUACGCCGCCGACUACAGCCAGAACUCCGCCGCCGGUACCGCCGACAUUGUCAACAAGAUCACCACCACCCUCCGCACAAGCCCCAACGAGUGCUUCAUCCUCGAGGGAUACUCUCAGGGUGCUGCCGCCACCGUCAACGCUCUCCCCAAGUUGACCGGUACCGCCAACACUGCUGUCAAGGGUGUCUGGCUCAUCGGUGACCCGCUGCACAAGGCCGGUCUGACUUGCAACAUCGACAGCACUGGUGGCACUACCACUCUGAAUGUCAACGGUAUCUCGCAAUACCCUGGCUCGAACAGCAUUCCUUCUGGUUGGAUCUCCAGAACCCAGGAUGUCUGCAAGUACGGCGAUGGUGUUUGCGACACUACCCACGGACAGGGUAUUAACGCUCAACAUCUCUCUUACCCCAACGAUGCUACCGUGCAGAGCAUGGGUGCCAAGUUUGUUCUCGGCAAGCUCAACGCUUAA